CUGGCUGCCAUAAAAAGGGCAGGGUGGUGCAGAGGUCUGUGCAGAGACCUGGUCUCAUGGAUAGCACAUUUGAUUAUUGUUUCUCUACCACUUCCUUGCAUCAAGGGCCUGAUUAAUUUCCUUGAUUUAUCUUGGCAGAUAAAACCACGCAUCAUCAUGGAGCAGUUGCUGUGGGUCAGUGGCGGUAAAACCGGGGAGGUGGACACGUACAGGGUCCCUCUCAUCACGACGACGCCUAACGGCACCCUUCUGGCCUUUUCAGAAGCCAGGAAGACUUCUUCUUCUGACAGUGGAGCUAAAUUCAUAGCCUUUCGCAGAUCAGUAGACAAAGGUGCUACCUGGAGUCCAACUUCAUUCAUAAUUGAUGAUGGUCCCCUAACAGACGGCCUUAACCUUGGAGCUGUGGUGGUGGAUUGGGAAAAAGAUAUGGUGUUCUUGAUAUAUACUCUCUGUGCACACCACCGGGACUGCUCCACUUCCAGUGUCAUGAUAAUUCGCAGCUGUGAUGAUGGGAUCACAUGGAGUCUUCCCCGUAACCUUUCUGAAGAUGUUGGCACAAUCAUAUUUGACCCUGGACCGGGUAAUGGUAUCCAGAAACGCCAUGAGCCCAAGAAGGGACGUUUGAUUGUUUGUGGCCAUGGGUCUUUAAAUUCGGAAGGUAUCUUCUGCCUCCUCAGCGAUGACCAUGGGACGACUUGGAAAUACGGGCGACAGCCCUUGUAUGGGAUCCCUUACGGUAUGAAUAAGACUUCCGGUGACUUUAUUCCUGAUGAAUGCCAGCCCUAUGAGCUGCCCGACGGCUCCGUGGUGGUUAAUGCCAGGAAUGAGUACGCCUACCACUGCAGAUGCCGCAUCGUGGUUCGCAGUACCGAUGCCUGCGAUACACUUCCACUGGGCAACGUGAGAUUUGAUGAGUAUUUAGUGGAUUCUGCAGUGGCUGCAGGAGCUCUUGUCAAAUCUGGCCUGGUUUUCUUCACUAAUCCGGCCCAUAGUCACUUGCGAAUCAACCUGACAUUGCGCUGGGGUUUCGGCAAUGGGACUCCUUGGUGGAAAGAGCCCUUCCUGGUUUGGAGAGGUGCCAGCAGCUAUUCCUCCAUAACAACGUUUGAAGAAAAUUCUCAGCAUGACAGCCACUAUCUCUUUGUCAUUUACGAGAAGGGCGAGGACCAUUAUACAGAGAGCAUUUCUGUGGCCAAGAUUAGCCUCAACGGGCAGCUCUGACCAUCCUCAAGGGCUCAACCAGCUCUCUUUCCAGGCAUUUUAAAUAUUCUCAAACUUUGUAGUCGCAGGGAGAAGAAAAUCUGUGCUGAGACUGGGGAGAAACCAAGCAGGCUUGUGAGGAGUCUAAACAGUGUGAUUAAAGGACGUAGGUGGAGAGUUUGGGCAUGUCCCAGCAGAAGUAGGAGUGGCUAUACAGGACAUUGUCCAGCCAUGUCGUGCAUUUCCCUUUGUGCCUACCUGCUGAGCCGCACACACUCAAACCUCUCCUUUAUUUCUUUGUGGAAGAAAAUGAGAUAGAACCUGAUUUUCUGUGAUCUUUUUACAUUUUGGAAUGAGUUGAGAUGUAUGGAAACUCUGGGCAGAUCAGGUAGGAGGGGCAGAUCCAUGGAAUGAAACACAAAGGUAGGCUUGAUCAUAUUUGUGAUGAAUAAGUUAAUGCACCUUCACUGACUUUCUCAAAAAUACAUUAAAUGGAAGAGUGCAGAAGAUGUUGCUGGCUGGUCCAAAAAACUAAAAUCUAAGUAGACAGGCCUGGGAGUUCACAAGUAAGGUGUGUGGGAGAGCAAACCAGUUUUUCUUCUGUGUCACCAAUAUCCGUGAUUUCAAAUGAAUGUAUUUAAAACCUAUUUCCCGAUUUUUCUGAUGGAACAGGUUGCCUGUGUGGCUUACAAAAAUAAGGCGAGUUGGGCCGUGAAUUUUAUACUAUAAAAAUAGAUGGCACAAAAGAAAAAGUGAUUGGGGGGGAAGGAGAACAAGCAGGUGAUAGUUCUGAGAAACAUUUGCAAAAAUAUUCUUCUAGACAGAUAUGCCUAAAGCAAGCUCUUUGCAUCUGCUACUUCUCUACUGACAGAUUGCAGGAGUGGGAAAUCCUUGGGCUGCAUUGAGCCCCCCCAAAACUUAGUUUUUACCCCUCCAGAACCUCGAGAUCAGCAAAAUGGUUGCAUUUGGGUGGCCCGUCUUUCAAGGAUGGAUUGACAAUAGUUUGUACCCCGUAGAUUUCUGUUCCCAUUCUUACACUAAAAAUCCCAACCUUAAGUCCGCCCAGCUUCCAGUGGCUAAGCUUGAGAAACGCUGGUCUAACCAGUUGGAGUGCUUACCCUUGCUUAUCUUUUGAUGGUGAGUCUGUCAUGCCUCAUGGAUUUGCUUUUGUUUACACCAGUGGUGUAACACAGUUGUGGCCACCUUGGGCUAGAGGUUAAUCUGUACACAUUUUGCUUUCUUUUCACUCACACAUCUCUUUGUGGGAACUUCGCCCUCCAGUUAUCUUGGAGCAGCCAUAACCACUCCUUUAUAAGUCCGUACUAUGACUCUCGAUCUGGUGUGCAAGCCAGCCUGCCCCUCCGGGGGAUUUUCCCCCCCCCCUUUAAUGUACAAUCUUGUUUGGUACAGUCUUGUUUGAUGGCCCGAGUUUUGGGGUAUAGAUUUCUUUCUUUUUUUUAACUAGUGCAAUAGUCAUUUUAUUUUGGACAAUUUUUAUCAAUUGAUUACACGCCAUCAAGUCGUUUUCGACUGCUUGAUGGCAUGCAGUCAGUCAAUCCAACCAUUUAACACCUUGGUGGGUGGCCAAGUUACAGGAGCUAAGUUCCAGUCUCUAAAUUCUUUUUUGUCUCUUGAAAGAAGAUAAGCGGGUAAUUCCUGACACCAGAACAGCCACUACAAGGGUGCAUGCAGGUAAUAAAGCCACAAAGCUCACCUCGAGCUCCGGGCAACAGUCAAGUAGUAUAAUUGAUAUCAUGAAGCCAAUUCUUGGGAAAGAAGGGAUCUGUACUCCAGGACAUGAUAUACAUAACAGAUUUUUCACAGGCUUAUCAGAAGCUUCAUUGAAUAAAACUUUAGUCAUUCAUAAAUUGAGCAAGAAAUUUUAUUUUAUUUUUUUUUGCAUUUCAAUUUUAAGCGAUGGAGCUGAAAGAAAACCUGCACGUUACAGGGUGGGAACGGCUAUUUUGGCCCAGGCGUUACAGGCUUGGUUUUUACAGCAUUCCAUUCUGCAAGGCCUCACAGCAAUGUCCAAUAAAAGCAAAUCACUACAAAAUGUCAUCCAACAACAACAAAAAAAUUGUCUAAGGAAGGAAAACUCAAAAAGGAGAGGGGAGGGAAUCCAUCAUUCCAAUCAGGGCAUUUUUACUGUUUUAUCUUGAUUUGUAUGUGGUUUGCCUUUUUAUCUUGAUUUUUAUGCAGAGUGCCCUUUUCUAGAUGUUCCAAGUAAUCUCAACAGUUAGGGAGUAAAUAAAUGAAAUAAAUAAAUGAAACUUGAUUGCUUUUGUUAAUUCAGCAGGGGUUUAUCUCAGACUUCAACUUCUUGAAUUAUAAUUCCCCCACUUUGAAAAAUUAAUAAAAGGCUUAAUAUUU